AAAAGUCUUGUGCCUAGUCGCGGUCGAUCAUAUCUUGCAAUCUCAUCAUAAGAGGGCGUGGAACAGCAAGGCUUUGUCUAUCCUCGAGAUCCAAUAUCAUCUUUUGCUUGUAAAAAAGGACCAGGCGUAGGAAUGAAUCAGACUGCUAACGGACUACGAAGCUCGUUUUCGCCCCAUGAUCGCAAGUUUUCGGGGAAGGUCGAUCACAUAAAUGUGAGCAACCAAAAUUCUCCACUAUCGCGCGCUCAGAUGUGGUACGUUCGUCAGGCUCGCCCUACACGUGCCUCUAUGAUCCGACAAGUUAAAGCAACUGCUGGAAUCGAUAUCACUGUGGAAGACGUAGGUUUAUUGCCGUGGAACGAAGAUGGCACUAAGAUUCGCUGGGAAGAAAUGCGACAGCUUCUCCAAGAUGAAAAAGCAGGAGCCAAACGAGCACCCCGGGCGAGUGAGCCGGAAAAAUCAGAACUAGAAACCGAGUCAAAGUCUGACUCCGCAAAAGACUCCGAGGCCGAUGAUGAUGACGACGACGAUGAUGAUGAUGAUGAUUCCGACGCAGAUACCGAGGAGUUGAACGCUGAGGCUCUCCUCAGACAAUACGAACCUCGGACAUUGAAUAGGGAAGAAUGCGAGACCGCGGGCGUGACUGCGCCCGUAGAGGAGGCUAGGUCUUCGUUUAGAGCUCCCGAUUCCGCCCAGCCACCACACUUUGUGAAUCCCGAAGCAGAGGACGUGAAUGACCAAGAUGAUAGCAUGGAGAAAAUUGUGAAUACGGAGCUUCAAAAGCCUGCUAGUUGGGCGAAGCGUGACGACUCAGCCAGUACAACUCCCCAAACUGUUAUCAUUCCGAAACGCGAGUCGGAGCAUGAUCCUUCAGAAGAAUCGUCAGAGUCGCCCGACUCAGUCUCCGUACUAACAAACCCGUACGUGCCGAGCACCCCCAGGAACGAAGGCAGUUCUCGCGAUCAAGAAUCUCGCAAGGGACGAGCCUUGAAGUGGUACUAUAAGCUGGCUCAGCCGUCGUGCAAGACUAUGCAUCGAAUCAUCGAUAAAACCACGGGAGUUGAAGCCACCAAAGAGGACGUUGAUCUUUUAAACUGGAACCACGAUAGAACUAAGGUUCUUGAGGAGCCGGAUGACCCAAAUAGCGAGGAGAACCGACGAAAACGAGCGUUGCGAUGGUAUCAUAGCUUGGCGGAGCCAACUCUCGAGACCAUGAGAAAAUGUGUAAAUGAAACAAAAGGAAUGGAUGUUUCAAAAGACGAUCUUGACCUGCUAAAUUGGAAUAAAAACAAAACGAAAGUAUUGCCCGACGGUGAGUCCGACGCCGAGGCCUUAAACGACGCCGAAAUGCGACGUCGGGAGGCUAUGAGUUGGUACAAAAGACUGGCCAGUCCUACCCGGGAGACAAUGCGUCGUGUUCACGAUCAAACCUCUGGAAUGAACAUCGAGAAAGACGAUAUCGAUAGUUUGCGUUGGAAUCACGACAAAACUAAGGUAAUCGAAGACGACAUCGGACUAUCCAAUCAUUCACAAAGUUCAAUGAGAUCCACGUCCUCUCGUGCAGAAAACGAUCGUAACCGCUUGGAAGAGGCGCGCCGCCGUAUGGAAGAAGGGGUACGUAGGGAAGCGGAACGUCAGGAAAAGGAAGUGGAUCGUCGCCGUCUUGAAGAACGCAAGAUCCAGGAUGAUAUUGACCGGCGUCGACGUGAUGCGGACCACAAGGCGAAGUUAGAGAAUGAUCGUACUGAGCGUGCAAUUCAGGAUAACAGUAAAAAUGAGACGGUGCGUAGAGCCAAAGAAGUUGAUGAACUUCGUCGCCAUGAAAAAGGAGGUCUGGAGACCCCGGAAGCCAGGGAGGCCAAGAGUGAGGAGGCGGAGGAGACAAAAACGGACGAGCUAGUGGAGGCCAAAGCGCCAGAUUCUGAACGUCCUGUGAAAGAUGAGGAGAAUCGUCGUCUCCGUGAUGUUUUGGGAAUGAAUCGCAACGAAAGCGCGCAAUUGAAGCAAAACAACGCACCGGGUCUUCCCGCAGCAAAUAAUCGAGCUAAUUUCAACACGAAGGAAAGUGGACGCAGUCAACGUGCACGGAAGGAUGAAACCGAAGACCAAAAACAAGAGCGUAUUCUCCACAUUUACGCUUGGUGGGCGCGCUUGGGACAACCAACUCGAUCCGAUUUUAAAAGACGCAUGAAGACUGUAACUCCUGCGGACAUGGUGCCUGAUGAUGUGGAUUCUUUACCGUGGAGUUUUGACGGGAGUACCGUCAUGGUGAACAGAAUCAACAAGCUUGUGAAUGCAAAUCAGGUUGUCUGAAAACAGUUGUGUAAUUGAAAUGCUACAACAACAAACCGAGCCUCUCUCCCCCAACGGCAGUCGUAAGGAGCAAAACAAACCUCAGUAAAAAGUCAAAAAAUAAUACUUAGCAUUACCUCGGC